ACACUCUUAAUAAUUAAGUUGUAAUCAUACCGCAGACGGAUUAUCUUCCAAGCAAAAUCUCAUGGACGGAUUCAUCUGGUGGUGGGAUUUUGCUUAAAGUGGCCACGCGUUUUACUUUAGAACUACUUUUUCCUGAGUUCUUUUUAGGGGAAAGACCAGUGACCAACUCCUUUUUCAGAAGUUCUGAGCUUUGAAAUACAGGCACAGAGAGAGAGAGAGAGCAAUCUCCAACUUUGUUGUUUUGCCUCGUCUAAACCCUUUUGAUUUGAUUUGAACUCAUGGGUAGUAGUCUCUUCAAGUCUGUUUUUCCGUUCAUCGUUUUCUUCUUCGUCUUGGCCAUUUCUGAAGGAAAGCCUCAUGGAUUCUCUAGAGUACUCAAGAAAGAGAAGUUAAGUCACUUCCGCUUGUAUUGGCAUGACAUCGUCGGUGGUUCCAAUCCGUCAGCCGUCCAGGUCGCAGCAGCGCCGACUACAAACACGUCGGCCACCUUGUUUGGCACAGUGAUGGUGAUUGAUGAUGCAUUGACAGAAGGACCCGAGCUGAGCUCGAAGCUUGUUGGACGAGCGCAGGGGUUCUACACCUUGUCGUCACAGAGUGAGGUGGGCUUAUUAAUGUCCAUGAACUUUGCUUUCAUGGAAGGGAAGUAUAACGGAAGCACCAUCACCAUUUUAGGGAGGAAUGCAGUGUUCACAAAGGUGAGAGAGAUGCCGGUGAUAGGUGGAAGUGGACUGUUCCGGUUUGCUAGGGGCUAUGUUCAGGCUAGGACUCACACUUUCAAUCUUAAAACAGGAGAUGCCACUGUUGAGUAUAAUAUCUAUGUCCUCCAUUAUUGAUCUUCUUUGUUUCUCUCUUUGUUCCCACAUUUGUAUUUGCACUAUUUCCAGCAGGACAAUUUGUGCCUUAAGACUGUAUUUUUAUGAAAUUACUUUAUCAAUGAAAGCUGCUGAAACUUGCUUAUUAAUAAAUGGCAGCAAUUGGAUCAUAAA